AUGACUUCCGUGCCUUCCACAAGCAGCAUAACCAACACUGCCUCAACCCCAACUCCCUCCACCAUUGAUCCAAAGGCUGCAGAACAAAUGGUAACAUUGUUCAGAAGUGUUGCUUCUCACUGGACUGAACAGCUCGCUCAGGUUCUGAUUAGGGAUGAAGACCACAAGGAACAAUAUAAGAAAGACCUUAUGGCGGGUCUCGAUCUUGUCACUUUUGGUAAUUCCGUCUAUGAAACUCUCCACGGGACAUCACAUCCUUACCUAUGGAAUGUCAAUGCUGUCCGCGCCAUUGAACCCGCUGUCGUCAACUAUCAGGUAUCACAAGCUGAACAGAACCCUUCCAACAUGCUGGUGAAGGGUUUACCACAGAGCGAUCAUUCAACACAGUGGUCCGAGUCAGCUGAAGCUGUGUCUGGGGAGUCAAUUGCGUCGUACAAUAAUGAAUGA